AUGAUGCUCUCGUCAUCCACAUAUCAACAGCCCCCGUCGCCUUCGCAUGGUCGAAAGGGCGGGAGGCACCUUAAUACUAUAAUGGAGGAGGACCAUGAGGAAAUAUCACCCAUUGCUCGUCAAAAGCGCACUGUCCACAACCAAAGCACCACUGGCAACCGAGGUCAGAACAUGAAAAUUCAGGCCUGGCUUGGGCCUAUCGGUGACCACUUCCCCACGCCACGCGGUGUAAACUUCAUGGUUGCUCCGAACCUGCCUUCUUCACCUUCGUCAGCGUCGGCCGAGGAGUGCAGCACACCCACCUCGUCUUCUUUGCACUCAUAUGAUGAUGUCUUCAACCGAAGAGACAGCGCAAUGACAGAUGCCACCGUAUUUGAUGAUUUAUACGACGUGUCGGAUGAGGAAAUUGAACGACAAGGAUCACUAAGGAAUACCGAGAGCCUCGUGCGUCGAAAGAGCUCACGUCGCAAGUCGAUCCCCAGGCCGUUAUCCGCAAACUCAACCCGGAAGUCGCUUCCCAAACUUGUUAUCCCCAGCUCUGAGCCUGUCGCAAAACCGGAGCAGCCGAAAAUGCGGAAGGCUUCCCCUAUCAAUCCGACGCCAACUUCUAUUCUGCAAAUGUCGCCUGCCAUCAUCUCAUACAUGCAAGCACAGCAAGCUGUCGCCAUCCCGACCAUCUCGGCUCCACCUUCUCUUGAUGGCAGUUCUCUUGAUGGUAGCCUAACCUCAGAUCAAAUGGCUCAGCUAUCGGCACCGCCAACUCCCGUGAUCGGGGGUCAAGAUGAGCCCAAUAACGACUGGUCCGGCGUCUACCUUCAGCCUGGAGCUCUGGCCACUCUGGCUUCCAUCUCUGGAAACAGCUCUGACGCUGGCGAGCUUCAGGGGGAACCCGACCAGCCUAUUGAAGUCCCAGAGUCCCCACAAGAGAUGUCAGAGAUGCGCCAGCUUCGGCAGCCAUCUCGAUUUCUCGCCAAUCUGAGGAGAACUUCGGUCCCACAGUCUCCAGCUGGCGCUUCUCUUGCUGGCCUUACAAGGCUAGAUAUACCCUCCCCGGGUGGCUUCUUCUCCAACCUUUCCCCCAGGAGUAGAAACACUUGGACUUGGCCAGUAGCUCAGGAAUCAGAGGAGGCCGCUCCGCCGACAUCCACGACAGCUGAGCAGUUUUACAAAGCUCCAUGGAACACCGACCGCACUCCCUCUGCAAGAGCCUUGCACAUGGCUGCUGGCGACUUCUCCAACUCUCCAGUCGAGCAGGUGGUGGAAUUGCCCUUCAAGGGCCCUGUGGAGGACGAUCUUCCCACCGCUGUGCGCAUCCAGCAGACCCCCGUAACGGCCGUACGUAUCACCGAGUCUGGUACCGAUCUAUCGGUGACUCUUAACGAUGACGCGGCGUACUCGCCUGUCAAGGAAGUUUUGGAGCAGUUCUACCCAAAAGAGGAAGAGUCGGAACUGUCUCAGGUUCUUCGCACCGAGAGAUGGCUUAUGGCUCAAAGGGCCUACCUCAAACCCAUCGACUCGAUCCCUGAGGUUGAUGCUGAGGAGCAGGAGGAGCAAGAUAUAGAUGAUAAAUCCGAGGCAGAGGAGAUCAAGCCUGCUGUCCCUCGCAAGGAUACUAUCUACAUUAAGAAGAGCAAGGUUGCGGCUGCUGCCAAGCAGGAAGAAGCCAAAGACGAGGAUACAGCACCGCAAAAGAAGACGGUUCGCUUCUCCGAGUUUGUCAAGGCAUCAGCGAUCCCCAAAUCACUGCCGUCGAAGCUUGUCCGCCAAGAAUCCGCAUACUAUCGCGCCUUCACAGACUACACUGUCCGCGCUCAACAGAAGGACGCCUUUGUCAGCCGCAUGUCUCGCUUCGAAGCUCUCCAGGCGCAGCGUGUCUCCCUGAGCGAGUCUCACCGCAACCAACUUCUCGGCAAGUAUCAACUCUCCGUCGUGCCACUUUCGGCCAAGAAGCGCAUGAGCACCAAUGUCGUUCGCGGUGACGACUUUGUCACGAUCGAUCCCGAAAAGCUGCGAGCCGACAUGGAAAGCGAGGCCAUGGCACAGUCCAGCACGGCAGCAUGGCAUGUCGCAGCGACAAAGAUGCUUAAUAGCGGCCGCUUGAUCGCGGCGCCGGUGCACAAGCGGCUAGCACGCCUCUCACGCAUGCAGGGCACCAACGGGGCUGAUCGUGCCCGCAUCCUCGACCUUGGCGGCCAGACUACGUGCGACUGGGCCUGGCACGCGGCAUUGCAGUAUCCUAACACCAAAAUAUACACCGUGACGACCAAAUCCGCGCGCCAACUCUCCAAUUGCAACGUGCGUGGGCCGUCUAACCACCGCCAGGUGGCUGUGGAACGUCUUACACGUCUGCCAUUUGCGAACGACCAUUUCGACCUCAUCUCGGCAAGGGAAUUACACUCGAUGCUGCGUCGGGAUGGAGAGAACGGCGAGGAUGAGUGGGAAUCCUGCCUGCGUGAGUGCAUGCGCGUCCUCAAGCCCGGCGGUUUCCUUGAGUUUAGCGUCAUGGACGCUGAGAUAGUCAACGCCGGACCCCUCGGCAACGCCAAGGCAGUCGAGUUCAGCUUCGCGCUCAAGCGGCUCGGUUAUGACCCUAAUCCAUCCCAGAUGUUCUUGGGCCGGCUCUCGCGUGCGGGCUUUGAGGAUGCCCGGCGCGCCUGGACUUGCAUGCCCAUGGGACCUAAGCCGGCCGCCGCCGCACCCGUAGCGCGCGAUUCGGCAGGCUUUCCGAUCCCUACGCUGCAGAUGGAGGCGUUUGUGAGCGGCUCGAGCGACGACGUGGCUGCAGUCACCGGUCUCGCAGCCAGCUGGUCAUGGGAGCGGUGGCUGCUACGAGCCGAGGUCGAGUCAGCUUCAGGCGAUCUCAGGCUGUGCGACAUGGUUGACGGCCCAAGAGUGACGGGGAAGAGCCUCGAAGGAGUCCACGCCGUCGUUGAGGAGGGGCGUCAAGUUGGUUCGUGCUGGCGAGUGCUCAGGGGCUACGCGCGCAAGCCGAGGCCAGAUCUGGGCUUCAUCAACAUGUGUCUGGGUUCGCCCGUCAAGCAGUAA